AUGGACGCAGCCAGCAUGCCCGCGGCUCCGGCCAAGUCGAUCAUCCACUUCGUCACGGACAACUCUGGCUGGACGUUCAACCUCAUUACAACGCACCUGCUGUGGUGGAUCGUGGGCUUCCCGAUCGCGCUGGACUACGGCUACUCAAGUAAAGCGUAUGACGCCAAGGGAGCUCUUCCAUCAGGACCCGAAGGCUCCGGUGCCUACGUUGUCACGCUCUUCGUCUGCGUACUCUGCACCGCUGUGUACAUGGCUCGCUUAGUCUCCUACUUCGGGUGGUUGAACCCGCCUGCCCCCAAGGAGCACACCGAGUGA